CCUCCAAAGCUAAAACGGUGAUUGCUCCGCCACCGGUUUUCAGUCUCUCCCCCGGCCUCCUUUCUCCCUCGACGACUUCCACUCGGAGCAAUUCGGAAAACCCAACACCUCCGCCGUCGUUUUCCUCCAUCUGUAUCGACUCUUCUGCUAUGCAUAUAUACGCCCUCUCGAUCGGUACCACGCGCGAUGCUUUCCAUCCUCUCGUCCUCCUUCCGCGAGAUCGUCAUCAGCAGCAGCAAUUCGAGUUCAGAUGGGAAGGGGCGAGGCCACCUUCGCUGGCGAUGGCGGGGGCGCGAAGAGCCGCCGGCGAUGGGCCUGGGCGGCUGCCGGAGCCCUGACCGCCGUCGCGCUCGCGAUCUUCGUCGGCUCCAGGAACGCCCUCGAGAUCCCUGCCUCCGUUACCAAUUCAUGCGAAUGCCCCCCGGGAUUGAGAAGCUACACAGGCUUGGUGGAGGAUUGUUGCUGCGAUUACGAGACAGCGAAUUCGCUGAACGCGAUGGUGCUGCAUCCGAUACUACAGGAUCUCGUGAAGACUCCCUUCUUUCGUUAUUUCAAGGUUAAAUUGUGGUGUGAUUGCCCAUUCUGGCCUGAUGAUGGGAUGUGCUAUCUCCGGGAUUGUACUGUAUGCGAGUGUCCAGAAAGCGAGUUUCCAGAGCCCUUUAAGAAAUCAUCCAGAUUGUUUUCUGCUGACGAUGUGAUUUGUCAGGAGGGAAAACCACAGGCUGCUGUGGAUAGGACCCUUGAUGAUACAAUUUUCAAAGGAUGGAUCCAGAUUGACAAUCCUUGGACAUAUGAUGAUGAAACUGAUGAUGCAGCUAUGACAUAUGUGAAUCUCCAGCUGAACCCUGAGAGAUACACUGGUUAUGCAGGUCCAUCAGCUCAAAGGAUAUGGACUGCUGUUUACAAGGAAAAUUGUCCACAAUAUCCUUCUGAAGAAUGGUGCAAUGAGAAGAAAGUGAUGUACAAAUUAAUCUCUGGGUUGCAUUCUUCAAUUUCAGUUCACAUAGCAUCUGAGUAUCUCCUUGAUUCAUCUGCCAAUUUGUGGGGGCAAAAUGUUCAGAUGCUUUAUGAUCGAGUAUGGAAACACCCAGAUCGGGUCAGAAAUUUGUAUUUUAUAUUUCUCCUUGUUCUGCGGGCAGUGACAAAGGCUGCAGAUUACUUGGAACAAGCUGAAUACAACACUGGCAAUCAUGUGGAAGAUUUGAAAACUCAGUCAUUGGUGAGACAGCUACUCUACAAUAACAAACUUCUAUCUGCUUGUCGGGUACCUUUUGAUGAAGUCAAUAUCUGGCAAGGUCAAAAUGGGCCUGAUCUUCUGCAGCAGAUUCAGAACCAAUUCAGAAACAUCAGUGCAAUCAUGAACUGUGUGGGAUGUGAGAAAUGCCGAUUGUGGGGAAAACUUCAAGUCAAUGGUCUAGCAACAGCUUUGAAAGUUCUAUUCUUUGUUGAUGGCAAAAACAAUGUAAACAAGACACUGCAGCUGCAACGAAAUGAAGUCAUCGCACUGUUUAACCUUCUAAAUCGACUCUCUCAGUCUGUAAAAUUUGUUCAUGACAUGGGACCUCUCAUGGAGAAGAUGGAAAGGCAUGAUUCUUCCCCUACAGGCAAAACUCCCUGGUAGUAAAAUAUGAAUUUUCUUGGUCUAAUGCUGGUUUUCGCGGCUUCAUGACGGAAGAUGCAGACAUGAUCCUUCACUUUUUCUUUAAAGAUAUAAACUUGAUGUUGUUGGUUUAGGAAAUCAUCUUUGAUAGCUUUAAUGAGACAAUGUAUAUUAGUGAUCAAGAUGCACUAUGGGAUCAGGAGAUGACUCCUGCUGUAAUAUCAUAAAAUAAGACUUUAUGUGAAAAAAAGGAAACAAAUUUGCUCAACACAAUUAUUCUGUAUA